GGGUCUUACCGCUGUGGGCAGUGCAAACCAGGAUAUAUAGGAGACCAAGCCAGGGGAUGCCAGGCUGAGAGGAGCUGCAGAAAUCGAGCCCUCAACCCCUGCAGUGUCCAUGCCCGAUGCAUUGAGGAAAGGAGAGGAGAGGUGACAUGUAUUUGUGGCAUUGGAUGGGCUGGUGAUGGUUAUAUUUGUGGAAAAGACGUUGACAUUGAUGGCUACCCUAAUGAAGAACUCUCAUGCUCUGCUGAAAACUGCAGAAAGGACAAUUGCAGAUUUGUCCCAAACUCUGGACAGGAAGAUGCCGAUGGUGAUGGGAUUGGAGAUGCCUGUGAUGAUGAUGCAGAUGGAGAUGGCAUUCCCAAUGAGCAGGAUAACUGUGUCUUGGCUCCCAAUGUUAACCAGAGAAACGGCGACCAAGAUAUCUUUGGAGAUGCUUGUGACAACUGCCGCAAUAUCCUGAAUAAUGACCAGAGGGACACAGAUGGUGAUGGGAAAGGAGAUGCUUGUGACGAUGACAUGGAUGGAGAUGGUAUUAAGAACCUUUUGGAUAAUUGCCAGAGGAUCCCCAACGAGGACCAGGAGGACAAGGAUAAUGAUGGUGUUGGUGAUGCCUGUGACAGCUGUCCUACAAUCAGCAACCCAAACCAGUCGGAUGUUGACAAUGACCUCGUUGGAGACUCCUGCGAUACCAAUCAGGACAGUGAUGGCGAUGGGCACCAGGACAGCACAGACAAUUGCCCCACCAUCAUUAACAGCUCCCAGCUGGACACGGAUAAGGAUGGAUUGGGUGAUGAGUGUGAUGAGGACGAGUCUGACCUCUUGCCCCCAGGCCCUGACAACUGCAGGCUGGUCCCCAAUCCAGGGCAGGAAGAUGAUAAUGGUGAUGGAGUCGGGGAUAUCUGUGAGUCUGAUUUUGACCAGGAUACAGUGAUUGAUCGGAUCGAUGUGUGCCCUGAGAACGCAGAGAUCACCUUGACAGACUUCAGGGCCUAUCAGACAGUGGUGCUGGACCCAGAGGGGGAUGCGCAGAUUGAUCCCAACUGGGUGGUUCUGAACCAGGGCAUGGAAAUUGUGCAGACCAUGAACAGUGAUCCUGGCCUGGCUGUCGGUUACACAGCGUUUAACGGCGUUGACUUUGAGGGCACUUUUCACGUGAACACGGUGACAGAUGACGACUACGCUGGCUUUAUUUUUGGUUAUCAAGACAGCUCUAGCUUUUACGUGGUGAUGUGGAAACAGACUGAGCAGACGUACUGGCAAGCGACUCCCUUCAGAGCUGUUGCAGAGCCCGGCAUUCAGCUAAAGGCUGUGAAAUCCAAGACAGGUCCUGGCGAGCACCUCCGCAACUCCCUCUGGCACACGGGGGACACCAGUGAUCAGGUCAGGCUGCUGUGGAAGGACCCUCGGAAUGUAGGGUGGAAAGACAAAGUCUCCUAUCGCUGGUUCUUGCAGCACAGGCCCCAGAUCGGUUAUAUCAGGGCAAGGUUUUAUGAAGGCUCUGACCUGGUGGCAGACUCUGGUGUAACUAUAGACACCACGAUGCGUGGAGGACGGCUCGGAGUUUUCUGCUUCUCUCAGGAAAACAUUAUUUGGUCCAACCUGAAAUACCGCUGCAAUGACACCAUCCCAGAGGACUUUCAAGAAUUUCAAGCUCAGCAAUUCGGCGUUGGUGAUAUUUAAGAAGGAAAAAGCAAAGUAACGUUGCUAUUGCAAACAAUAUAUUUUAAAUCCUUAUAUGAUUGUUGUUGUAAGCGUGCACACCGCAGCUUGUUCUCAUUGAUGUGACAUGUCAGACUCUUUUUUUUUUUUUUUUGUAUAAAAGUGAAAAUAAAAAGGAGACAAAA